AUGGAGGCAUUGACCUCCAUGCAAGCUGCGACGUACCUCGUACCAGUGCUGAUGAAAUGCCUCUCCACAGACCACUUACUCCAGCUUGGAGGAUAUUGGCAGAGGGCGUCUUUCGCUAGCAACACCGUUCCCAUGGGCUCGAUUGCGGUCUAG